AUACUAUAGUCGUCGUUGCAUCGAUUUUGCAAAACCACCACCGAUCGACAGUCCAUCGACUUUCUUUCGCUCGGUCGUACCGUAUUCUGGUCCUUCGAACCACCAAAGCAACAGUAAUAAUCUGUGGCAGUACUCGGUCGACUGCUGCGGCGGUUCUUGUUGCUAUGUAACCGAGUGCCGUGCGCUUAUAGAAAAAGAAGCAGCUCAAAGAUAAAGCUCGUCUCGUUUUGGUGUCUCUGUGUGAACAAAUAAGAAUUGGACUUGUGUGUGUUUGUGUAUUUAAUUUUGACAGUGUGGUGGCACAAAGGUACUUCUAUUUGCUCGGGUAUUAUAGCCGUAAGAAUUCCUAUGAGGAAACACCAGCGAGCAUUGCCCCAUCCACCGCUAUUUAAUGCGCCUCCCAAAGCAUGGUUAACCAAUCAGGCGGCGUAGUCUGGUGCUACAAGGACAACAAAUGGAUCCCCCUCCAACUCUCCUCCAUCCGGCUCCACGGCGUGUUGACGCAGGCGCACUGGGCCGCCAUCACCGACUUCCUCGAGCGCGUCGCCAACAAGGACCUCAUCCUGCAGGAUAACGGCUUCGCCGAGCUCACCGACGAGCACAAGCAGCUCAUGUUCAACAACCAGCUCAACGGCACCAAGUUCGAGUUCUCUAGUGAUAAUAACAAUGUGAUAAAACUAACCGAUAACAUAGUGACGGAACGAAAGACUAGUCUGGGACAGAUUCCUGAAGAUCGGAUCGUUGAGCAACAGCCCAGGAGACCUUCGAUGCCCGAACUAAGGAUUAUCGAAAGGGAGAAUGUAUUUAGUGAUAAUUUAUUUAAAGGGGAGAAAAAGACUGAUAGGGUAAUAGGUAAAGAUAACGACGAGAUCGUGCUGAGGCUCCUAAAAAAGUACUGUAAGUACUCGAAAGACGCCUUGGACGAUAAGAUAGUCAGUGCCAUCGAAAAAAUACAGGACGAAGUAGUUCAAGCCGAACCCAGACCGCCUCGUAUGCGAAAAAUGGGCUACGUACCCAAAGAAGACAAGAUCUACGAGAACCUAAACGAAAUCCUCCUAGAUUCUUUGGAAGAAGACCGAAACGAGCACAUAAUGCGAUGGCUGAGACAGCAAAACAGUCAGAACGGUACCUUUGCCGACCCUAUCUUGCCCUCCAGAAGACAUUCUUCUACGGAAUAUCCUCUAGCAUCGCCGACAGACAGUCGGAAGAGCAGUCUGGUUGAGAGGAAGUCGGUGUCUUCGGGUUUCGAGAGUCAGAAAUCAAGUGUUACGACACCUUCAACGCCAGAAAGCAGGAAGUCGUCUUGGUGUGAUAGUACAGUGACCAGCAGGAAAAGUAGUGUGGGUUCAAACAGUUCGUGCUCGGAGUGCGACGAGCAUGAUGGACAGACGCAGUGGCAGAGGUUCCUGAGGAGGCAUUUGAAUUCGAAGAAUUCGGAGAGGAGGUUGAGGAAGCAAUGGGAGGCCUGGUCGAGGAAUAGGAGGAGGUUCAGCCUGCAGGCUGACGUAGCGUUGGCAGAUAGUCUAGAAUCUCAACCAUGGUACUUCAGAAAGAUAAAACGCAUAGAAGCCGAAAAGAAACUCCUACUUCCCGAAAAUGAACACGGCGCCUUCUUGAUUCGUGACUCAGAAAGUAGACAUAACGACUAUUCCUUAUCCGUAAGAGAUGGAGACACUGUUAAACACUACAGAAUACGACAGUUAGACGAGGGUGGAUUUUUCAUCGCCCGAAGAACGACCUUCCGUACACUGCAAGAGCUAGUCCAACACUAUAGCGACAUCGCCGACGGCCUGUGCGUCAAUCUUUGCAAGCCUUGUGUACAGGUGGGAAAACCGCAGAUCGACGGUUUGUCGUACCGAACUCGCGACCAAUGGGAGAUCGAGAGGACGUCCCUGAAAUUCAUCAGGAAAUUGGGUCAAGGUCAGUUCGGAGAGGUGUGGGAAGGCAUGUGGAACAAUACCACUCCGGUGGCCAUCAAGACCCUCAAACCAGGCACCAUGGAUCCUAAGGAUUUCCUUGCCGAAGCUCAAAUAAUGAAAAAACUACGCCAUCUGAAGUUGAUACAGCUCUACGCAGUGUGUACGAUCGAAGAACCGAUAUACAUUAUAACAGAAUUAAUGAGAAACGGAUCUCUAUUAGAGUUUCUACAAGGAAAAGGCAAAGGCCUUAAAUUGCAACCGCUCAUCGAUAUGGCCGCACAGAUAGCGGCCGGCAUGGCCUACUUAGAGUCGCAGAACUACAUCCACAGGGAUCUAGCCGCCAGGAACGUCCUCGUAGCCGAAGCUAACGACGUGAAGAUCGCCGAUUUCGGUCUGGCUCGAUUAAUAAAAGAAGAUGAAUACGAAGCUAGGGUCGGUGCGAGAUUCCCCAUAAAAUGGACGGCUCCAGAGGCGGCCAAUUACAGCAAAUUCUCGAUUAAAUCCGACGUUUGGUCGUUCGGUAUUUUACUAACAGAACUGGUAACGCAUGGCAGAAUUCCAUAUCCAGGCAUGACGAACGCCGAAGUCCUGCACCAGGUCGAGCACGGCUACCGGAUGCCCGCGCCGCCCAACUGCCCCCAGAGCCUCUACAACAUCAUGCUCGAGUGCUGGAACAGGGACCCGAUGCGCCGCCCCACCUUCGAAACGCUCCAGUGGAAGCUGGAGGACUUCUUCACCAUGGAGAGCUCGGAAUACAAGGAGGCCACGGCGUACUGAGGCUUGGCCCACCCCCCUGCCGAUUGGUUGUGCAACACGCUCGAGUUGCACUACCACUAAGCCGGAGGGCGGUGGCGUCAGCGUGCGGUUUUAUCGGGAAGCGGUUCGUAGCGCCGACGGUUAGUCGUUUUAAGUGACGUGGAUACGGUUACGUCAGUAGAUUUGUAAUGUCACUUCGUGUUGUCAACAUUUCUCUAACAUGAAAAUUUUUUCAUCUGGAACAGAUAAAAAUGGAGCAUUUCUUCCUAAAUUUUAAUGUUCAGUUUUGUACCUUUUACAUUUUUGCAUUACAUGACAUGCAUCAGGUAGCACAGACAUUACAUGACAUGAAUCACGCAAAUAAUGUCUUACAUGAAACGUACUGUGAA